GUCAGACUAUCUUCCCCACUAUUUCAAAGCUUGUCACUUUCACUUAGUUAUGAACUGCAACAACAUAUACUGCCUAACAAAAUUAGCAACUUUUUAGUGUGAUCUCUAGGCUCUUGUAUGUUCAAAAUUUAAAAAAUCCCUUGUCUAAAAUCUUGAAAAAAAAUCACCCAAUGUGGCCAGCUUUAGUAGGUGCAGCAGCAGCAGCAGGAUCUGGUUUUUUAGCCAAGAAAAUCUUUAACCAAAAUGCCACUCAACACACUUCAAAUUCCACUGAAAGUAACAUAAAAUGUGAUAAACCCAAUGACCUAUAUGGGUUUUCCACUCCUUUUCAUCAUAAAGAUUCAAUCUUUACCAGUAAUUGUGAUAAACCAAGUGAACCAGAAGGUUUUAAUACCUUUUUUCAGCAUAAAGAUUCAAGCUUUACCAGUAAUUUUGAUAAACCUAGUGAUCUAGAUGGGUUUAACACUUUUUUUCAGCAAAAAGAUUCAAGCUUUACUUGUAAUUGUGAUAAACUCAGUGACCCAAAUGGGUUUAACACUUUUUUUCAGCAAAAAGAUUCAAGCUUUACUUGUAAUUGUGAUAAACUCAGUGACCCAAAUGGGUUUAACACUUUUUUUCAGCAAAAAGAUUCAAGCUUUACAAGUAAUUGUGAUAAACACAGUGAGCCAGAAGGGUUUAACACUUAUUUUCAGCUAAAAGAUUCAAGCUUUACUUGUAAUUGUGAUAAACCUAGUGAUCUUGAAGGGUUUAGUACUUACUUUCAGCGAAAAGAUUCAAACUUUGCAUGUGAUUUUGGCUGCAGCAUUCAAGAAAAUAGUGAGGGGUUAUCUGAUGAGUCAAUUUUUAGGUUUUCCAGUGCUUCUGGGACUGAGAUGGGGUUUAGGAAUUUGAGGAAGAAAAAUGUGGAAGGUUGUAGAAAGACAAAAGGGAAUGCAAUGGAGUGUAAGAGAAAUAAAAGUGGUGGGAAAUUAAGGAAAAAAUGGGGAAAUGUAAGGAGUGGUGAAAAGGAAUUGUUUAGGUUGAAUGGGAAGAGAUUUUAUGUUUGUUUAAAGAAGAGGAGAACUAAUAAAGUUCCUUCAGGGAAAUGUGAUUCUUGUGCUUCCAAAGGUAAUUCAUUUUUUGGUUAUGGACUUGGAAUUGGAAUGAUGUGCAUGAUGUCAGCUGGGAAAUCUGAGAUCAAUAGGCUCAACACUACCAUGGAUGAAACAGCAAAAGCUGUAGAAGAACUGAAAGCCGAACUUUCUAGGAGAAAAGUUGCACAUGACAUGCGUGCUUCAAAAAAUAAAGCCGAAAUAGGUGAAAAGAAUGAUAGAGAAUGUAGAAUACGUGCGAUCGCUGAAAGUAGUAAUGAAAACAGGAAUAUAUAUAGUGAGGAAGGUGAAUGUGGAAGCAGUGUCGUUACAGAAGAGCCGCAACCUGAGGUUAUGGAAAUGGAUGAACUGGAAGCUGAGCUUGAAUCGGAGUUGCAAAAGCUUCCAUGGUGUGCAACAGAUAAUAUGGAUUUAAAUGGAGGAAGAGAUCCUUGUAAGGAUGACUUUCUGGAGAAAGAAUUUAACCUAGCCAAUGACCGGAACGCAGAAACUUAUCAAUUCAAUGGAGUAUUGCCAUCUGAACUAGAUCAAAAACUGUGUCAUCUGCUCAUUGAACAACAAGAAAGCCAAAUAGUGGAGCUGGAAUCUGAGCUUCACCAAACUCAUUCCAAACUCCACGAGAAAGAAGCUGAGCUCCAAGCACUCAAGGAUUGUGUCCGACGUCUUACUGAAUUUUCUCUAGGUAAUGCUUCAGAUGUUUCUCCAGAUGAAGAGACUGAUCUCAAUAUGGAAGAUGAGAUAAGUGGUGGUGGGCAUCAAGAGAAGAAAAUUGGACCUGAAUCAGGGAAAUCAAUAGUUGGGAUGAAAAGAUCAAUGAACUUUUGAGUAACAUAAAGUAACACAUGAUGGUUCACAAGUGAAGAAAAUCUAUUUGAUAGUGCAAUCAUCUGAUAACUUUAUUUUCUAUAUAAUGUGUGGGCCAUUUUUGUAACAUGACUAAAAGAGUCCUACAAGAAACUAUUGUUCAGAAUCCCCCACAGAAGGGAACAGAAAAAGGGGAAAAGGAAGAACUUUGAAAAGAUGGAAAUUACUAUGUGUAGUACUGUA